AUGCGGUCUAAUGGAAGCUCUUUGUCAACUAUUGUGAAUAUGCCUAAACGAGAUGAAUCUGUGAUGGAUAAUAAUGAGAAUAGGCUUCUCAUAGAGAGAAACUACAAACGUGAUGAACAAGGAGGUAUGUUUUUUGUUCAUGUAUUUGGUGGUACUGGAAAAACAUUCUUAUGGAGUAUUCUUGGUGCUGAUAUUCGUUCUAGGGGUGAUAUUGUUCUUAAUGUUGCGUCAAGUUGUAUAGCUGCUUUGCUUAUGGAAGGUGGUAGGACAACACAUUCUAGAUUUAGUAUACCCAUCCAUGUGAACGAAUAUACAACGUGUUCGAUAGAUGUCAAUUCUCACCUUGCUGAUUUAAUUAGAGAAGCAAGACUCAUUAUAUGGGAUGAGGCUCCAAUGAUGAACAAGUAUUGUUUCGAAACGUUGGAUAGGAGUUUGCGAGAUAUUAUGAGAAAAGGUAUGGGAUCGGGUUUUUGGAGGAAGGGUUUUGGUUUUGGGGGGGGUGAUUUUAGACAGAUUCUACCGGUUGUGCCAAAAGCUGGUAGAGUUGGUAAAUAG